AGGAAUGCGACACACUUUGUAUAAUGCUCAAAGCUGUGCUGUGCCGCGUUGUCUGUAUGUGUAUGUACCCCUGCAACCUCCGUUAACGCCGAAUUGCCGAAAUCUCCGUUGUCGUUUCGUGUUUUUAUGGGGAAAUAACGACGCUUCUGACGCGUGAACUAAGUUUUCAUAUCCUCACGGAAACAGCGCCGGCGGUGCAGUCUGUCUUUUUCCUCCUUCGUCCUCCGCUGCGCUUCCCAACAUGAGAUCAGGUGGAUAGUGUGUGAAUAUGUCGCUGUACCUGGAACUAAAAGUCUCGUGCUAGGCUGCAGCUACCCCAGCCACCACCAUGUUUACCAAGAAGAAGAAGUCUCGUAUCCAAAUCUCAGCUCCAUCCAACUUUGAGCAUCGUGUACAUACAGACUUUGAUGAGCAUGAGCAAAAAUUUGUCGGGUUGCCCCGGCAAUGGCAGUCGCUCAUCGAAGACACGGCCAAAAGGCCCAAACCCUUUAUCGAUGUUACCGUCAUCACCACUGUCGAGCCACGCAAGGCAAUCGUACGAGGCAACAAGAUGGCAGUGGAUGGCUCUCUGACCUGGCUGUUGGAUGAGUUUGACACCAUGUCUGUGACUCGCUCCAAUUCUCUGCGACGAGGAAGUCCUCCUGUCCAACCCCGCAGGGACUCAAGCUCAUCAGGGGGAGGCGGGCAGGAGAAUGGAGAUCCUCACCACAGAUACUACUCACAGCCAGACAGAAAAGACAGUCACAGAUCUAGACUGGAACAUCAGAGUGGAGGUGAGUCCCACCAGGGUCAUCGAGCAGUCCCUUCUACUCAGAGGAAUGAGGGCGUCCAUGGUCGGCCACAGCAGCAGCCUCGUGGCCAAGAGCCCAGCAGGGCCCACAGGGAUAGACCAGGCUCUGGCCCUCCCCCUCCCCCCCACAGAGACAGAGAGCCACGAGACAGGGACCAGGUGGUUCGCAGGGAUCAACCCAGUGAUCAAAGGCCAAAGUCAAGCUACAUGACACGGGAAGGCAGCCCACAAUCUCCCAGGGACAAGAGGCCUCUCUCUGGGCCCAACAUCCGUACCCCAAACAUGCCAGUAACAGAGGGGUUAAUAAAGACUGCCCAGCAGACCACUCGACCAUUCAACACCUACCCAAGGACAGACAGUGAUGGUGGCCGCAGCCCUACAGGACAGCCGGUUCGAUACAAUGAACCUUCCUCUCAAAAUGGUCCUUCAAGUGGUUCAAGCAAAGGUUCUGCUAGCUCCAAACCUCCUAUAAGUCAUCCACAUCCUCAUCAUACUUCCCACCCAAGCCUGGCCCCUGAGGUCUCUCAGCACCCACACACACCUCAUCCGAACGUUCCGGCUCCACGGCCCCCAGUGCCCUCUGGGCCACCUGCUUCCAGUGCACCGUCCCAAGGUCGCUCACCACAGAGGGAGCCCCAAAGGGUUUCCCAUGAGCAGUUCAGAGCGGCACUACAGAUGGUAGUGGAUCCUGGUGACCCAAGGACCUACUUGGACCACUACAUUAAGAUAGGGGAAGGAUCCACAGGGAUUGUGUGUAUAGCCACAGUGAAGACCACAGGAAAGCUGGUCGCAGUGAAGAAGAUGGACCUGAGGAAACAGCAGCGCAGGGAACUCCUCUUCAACGAGGUGGUGAUCAUGCGGGACUAUCAUCAUGAGAAUGUGGUGGAGAUGUACAACAGUUACCUGGUGGGAGAUGAGCUCUGGGUCGUCAUGGAGUUCCUUGAGGGAGGGGCACUCACUGACAUUGUAACACACACCAGGAUGAACGAGGAACAGAUUGCCACAGUGUGUUUGUCUGUCCUGAAGGCGUUGUCUGUCCUCCACACACAGGGUGUCAUUCAUAGAGACAUAAAGAGUGACUCAAUCCUCCUCACUCAUGAUGGCCGGAUAAAACUGUCAGACUUUGGUUUCUGCGCUCAAGUGUCUAAGGAAGUACAGAGAAGGAAGUCUCUGGUGGGAACGCCAUACUGGAUGGCACCAGAACUAAUAUCCAGGUUGCCGUAUGGACCAGAGGUGGAUAUCUGGUCUCUGGGUAUAAUGGUCAUAGAGAUGGUGGACGGUGAGCCGCCGUACUUCAAUGAGCCACCUCUUAAAGCCAUGAAGAUGAUUCGAGACAACCUGCCUCCCAAACUGAAGAAUCUGCAUAAGGUCUCUCCUGUGCUCAAAGGCUUCCUGGACAGGAUGUUGGUGCGAGACCCAGCUCAGAGGGCCUCAGCCAAUGAGCUGCUCAAACACCCCUUCCUGACAAAGGCUGGUCCGCCAUCUUGCAUCGUUCCUCUGAUGAGGCAGAACAGGAUGAAAUGAGACGUGUGACACUCAGAUUUUUCCGGACUGUGCAGGUUCAGAUGAAAUUGAAUAGACCUACACACAGAUGAGUGGCCCUCAGAGGUCAGAGGUCAUGGAUGAGAGAUCUGUGAGUGCUCUGAAAUAUAGAGUUGGUGUGCAUGGGUAUUUGGUUUUUCUAAUAUGAAUCACUGAACUAUUAGGGGUGUAUUCCCUGAAUAAGAGGCAAUAAGAGUGUGUGUGUGUGUGUGUGUGUGAGAAAACAUAUGAUGCCAACACUGUUAAUGACAGUGUUCCAUGGCCUGUGCGUGCGUGCGUGCUUGUGUGUGAGCUUUCACUGUGGGUUGUGACAGUGGAGAAGCAACAAAUUGCCUGUUGAACAAUUUCAGUUGAUUUCCUGUAGACAUUUUGUUUUAGCUGAAAGGCCUGACCUGGAAUGACAAAGGGCUGUGGCUGUUUUUAUUUUUCCAUUUGGACCAUACCUGGAUUUCAAGUGUGAGGAUUGGGUUUUGCACACGAGUUAGACGCUUUUAAGGAACAGAGAGCCUGUUGGCUGCUUUUAGAUAUAGUCAGAUACAACACUUCAAUCUCACUAUUGGAAAGUCUGUAAGUCGAAUUUUCUUCUCGACAAGAACAUCACUUACAGACGGAUCCCAGAUUCUGACACUAUCCUUAUCACACCCAGAACUUACUACUGAGGAAGGAACUUGUUUGACUCAAAAAUGAGCCAGAUAAACUUUAUUUUGUAGCCAAAAAAUGACUAGAUUUCUGUUGUAAACAAAAAAAACGUACACUAAAACAAAAGGUAAACACUG